GAUAUGGGAGGGGCUUUGUCGCGUUGUGGGCGGGGCCUGGCACGUUGUGGGCGGGGCUUGCGAGGCGUUGGAUGCGGCUGGGGCGAAGUGGGCGUGGCCUGAGCGUUUGUGGGCGUGGUUUAAGCGGAUGUGGGCGUGUCCCGGGCAGGGCGUGGCCAUGAUGGCGGCGGGGCGGGGCCCGGGCAGCGAGGACGGAGCCUUCGAUGAGGAGGAGGAGGAGGAGGAGGAAGAAGAAGAGGAAGAGGAGGAAGAGGAAGAGGAAGAGGAGGAGGAAGCGGGCGGCGGCCCCCCCCGGGAGAGCCCCGCCCCCUUCCGCUGCACCGAGUGCGCCGGCGCCUUCGGCCUCGUGGCCGAGCUGCACCAGCACUACAUGCGGCACGCGCGGGGGGAGCUCUAGGCCACGCCCACCGCGCGGGGACACGCCCACUUCGUGGGGGACACGCCCACUUCAUGGGGGACACGCCCACCCCAUGGGGGACACGCCCACGGCGGGAGGGGCGGGGCUCUGUGGUGGGGACACGCCCGUUUUUUGGUGAGGAGGAAACAGGAAGUGAUGUCACAGAUGGCG